AUGAUCGAAAGACUCCACACAGCAGAUGGCAACACCAUCACGAGACUGGAAGUCAGCCAGUGGCAUGUCGAGUCCGCCCUCCCGGACUUCGUAUCAUUGCUGACGAAUCUCUCCCAACUCCGCGUCGACCAUCUGGCAUACCAUCACGACGAAGUCUCAGUUGUGCAGCCAGCGUGGGACAAGCUGACGUCCGCCAGCAUGUUCCGAAACCUGACGUACGGAUGUGACGAGUCUGCGAUAAUCAUACACGCCCUGUCCGACUGCCCAGAGCUGAGCAGGCUGCGCAUUACUAUAGAGCCGGCCAUCUCGAGCCUUCUGAGUCCCCUACCCCCAAACCACGCGGAUUGGUACAAGCGCCGAGGUCAACCCUUCAGAUCUCUCACCAAGCUCGACAUCAGACCAAUGAGAGAGUGCACCUCCCUGUAUCAAGAGCUCGCAACCAUGUCAGCCCUGAACUCGCUCACCAAUGACGCAGCUGCAGGAGCUCCGCCUGAUUGGAACGUCUCGCGGUGGACGGAUGGGGCUCUGGAGCCGUGGGACGUUCCCCCCCAACAACGCUUCGGAUGCGAUCAGAGAGGGAUGAGCCAACUCAAGACGUUCCAACUCAGCCUCCCCGGCGUCUACUCCCUCACGCCCGGCCAGGGAAGCCGCCAGCACAUGUUGGAGUCGAUUGCACGCAACAACCAAGAGAUAGAGGAGCUGGUUCUCGACGCGAGCCUGCGGCUGCCAGCAGCAUCUUCUUCCUGGCGGCCCCCACCACCAAACUCGACACGCCACGACACCGGGAAAUCAAUGAAGAUAACCCUCCACUCCAUCAGCAUUCCAAGGGAAGGAGAGCCUGGGCCGGUCGAUGAGGGCGUAGCGGAGGUCGUCAAGCAGCUCCACACUAUAUUCCCAAAGCUGCGGUCCCUGUUCACCUCCGCGGACGAAAUGGAACACUGUGCGAACCGUAACGGUCCGUUGCGAGGGUCGGGUGGGUUAAUCAAGCCAUCUUCGUCGCUUGCGGUCUAG